CCCCCCGAAUGCACAGAAGUCACCAGAGCCGACCGGCAAGUUCCUUACCUCCCUCCCUCAGCCUCCACCAAACCCCGCACGCGGACAGAAGUUAGCCGCGUGAUACGCAGAAAGUAGCUAAGUAAUGUCAAUGUUAAAAACAUAGCAUUGUGUCCAUGUUCAGGUAGUUCUAGGUACUGGUGUUCGGUCAGAAGAGGAGCUCAUCACUGUUAUCUCACAUUCAGCAGCCGCUCACUGCCAAUUAGAGAAGAUGCCUCAGAAGAGCAAGGCCCAGUCGUGGACGGCCCUGAAACAGGCUGGUAACGAUCGUUUCAAGACGGGUCAGUAUGGGGAGGCCACUGGUCUCUACAGCCAAGCCAUCAAAGAGCUGGAGAAGUCCAGUAAAAAGUCCCCAGAGGAUUUGGGCAUUUUGUACUCAAACCGUGCAGCCAGUUACCUGAAGGAUGGCAACUGUGCAGAAUGUGUGAAGGACUGCAACAAGUCUUUGGAGGUGUAUCCCUUCAAUGUGAAGUCGCUGCUGCGUCGUGCUGCUGCGUAUGAAGCUCUGGAGCGUUACAGGUUGGCUUAUGUUGACUACAAGACAGCGCUGCAGAUUGACUGCAACAUAGCAGCUGCUCAUGAUGGCACCAACAGGAUGACUAAGGCGCUGACGGAGGCCGAUGGGCUGUCAUGGAGGGAGAAACUUCCUCCCAUCCCUACUGUCCCUCUGUCUGUCCGACAGAAACUAACCCAACAAACUGCUGCUUCCCAACCAAAGCAACCUGCACCACAGCAGAAUGGAACCAAAGCCACAAACCCAACUGGUCCCAGUGAUAAAGACAUAAAGAAAGCUAAGACUCUGAAGAGGAAGGAAGGCAACGCUCUGGUGAAGAAAGGAGAGCAUAAGAAGGCCAUAGAGAAGUACAGCCAAAGCCUCCAACACAACCCCACGGAGGUCACCACCUACCCAACAGUGAAGUCUCUUCAUUGUUUGGACUCCAGGGCUUUGUGCUACCUGUCGCUGAAACAGUACCGAGAUGCUGUCAGAGACUGUGACGAGGCUCUGAUGAUUGACAGCAGCAACGUCAAAGCUCUGUACAGGAGAGGACAGGCCCACAGGGAACUCCAGGUAAUUAAGGCGUGUGUGGACGAUCUCAACACUUUGCUCCGAGUUGAACCAAAAAACACAGCUGCCCUCAAACUCCUGCAGGAAGUGCAGAAGAAGAAAUGAAGGUGCAGAUUGGAGGAACAUGGAGGCCGUAGCGCCGACAGGAAGAGGACGUCCAAUCACUGAAGAGUGUGAGAACAUUGAUCCACUGUGAUCUGUUGAAUUUGUGUGUUGGCAGCAGAUCAGUCAGCCUCAGGUGUGUUUCUGUUUCACCACUUUAACUUUGACGUCUCAGUAUUUAUGAUAUUUAUAGGAGGUGCAGCAUAAACGUCAUGUUGGAAUAAGCCUUAACCACCAUCAGGAGUCACAUAAACAGGAAGAAGAUGAAACUAUAUCUGUCAUUUUUCUUAAUAAAUAAAUUGUUUUGGUUCCAUGGAACAG